UAUUUGACGAAUUUUUAGUUGAUCAAGGUUCAUAAGUGGCUAGUUGAUGUUGAAGCGAAAAAGUAUUUGUUGUUGAUUUUACUUCCUCUUCUUUUCCCCAGCGUUUAACUUAACUCUUUGUUUUAAAUAAUCUUUCUAAAUAUGUCGGACAAUCAAGAUUAUACCAAUAAUGAGAAAAUAGCAGAUUCUUCAAUUCGUGAUCAUUUGGUGGAGACAGCUGUUAAUUUUUUGCUAAAUCCAGAUGUUAGACAACGACAUGAUGAUAGUAAAAUCAACUUUUUAAAGAAAAAGGGUCUAACAAAUGCAGAGAUUUCAGCAGCGUUUGAUAGAGUUAAGCUUGAUUCAAGAUAUGCUAAUUCAAGUGUUUCCUCUGAUCUUACAAACAAACUUUAUCACACAGUUCCAUCAGCUCCUUAUCAAGGCUACUCAUUUUUGUCUCGUCUCACUGGACUUAGUUCAUCUUUAAUUAUUUUUGGCGUUGCUAUCUAUGGAUUACAUCACCUAUACAAAAAAUUCAUAAGACCUUGGUUGCUUAAUGAAGAUGAGGAAUCAUUGAAUCCUAUAAAAGAAUUAACAAAAAAUUUGGCAUUGUUGACAGAAACUGUAGAGAAAUUGCAUGCCACAGUUAUGAAACAAAACGAAGAAAUUAACAAAUUACUACAAAUAGAGGGCUGUGGAUAUGCUCCUACACCUGUGAUCUUGGAAGAUGUGAAGCGGGAAGUUAGCUCACUAAAAUCUAUUCUCAUUAGCAGGCAUCAGUUUCCAGCCAUGCCACAAACACAAACAAUCAAAGCAACCAUUCCAUCUUGGCAGUUGCCUUCAAACGAAACACAGUCCACAGAUGAGGACAUGAAUUCCACAUGCUUACCUUUUGAAACAAAUCUCUCCUCAAGUGAUGGAUCUAUUAAUAGUUUGUUGCCUCAUUCUGAUGUUAAACCAAAAGAUCCUGGUGCGAAUGAAAUGACUGGUUUGGAAGAAGAUACCAAAGCAGAUAAUGUGUAAUAUUAUUUGUGAUAUGUAAAGUUUACUUUUAUUAUUUACGAACUAACGUUGAUAAAUUUUUGAUGAAAAUGUAGUUUUGUAUUACGGUAAGUAAUGUUGAAGUAAUUUAAAAUAUUUGUUAAAUAUUUUUUAUGGCCUGUAAACUGAAAUAAGAAUUAGAGUAUUAUUUCAGUCAAUUUUUUUUGUUCAUAAUAUCAGAUUAUUGUUGCUAUUUCUUUGGGCUCAUUAUGGAUACUUGAUUCACAAUUAGCAAAUUUUUCUUAUCGAUGAGCGUUUAUGUGAUCGAAUUUAUGGACGAACAUACAUGGAUGAAAGACUUUGCGUUUGCAUGUAACCAGCAAAAUAUUUUGCAUUCCAACAUUUUUGUUCAAAAGAAACCUUUUCAGUUGUUUUUAGUUUCAAUCAAUUGUAACGAGAACUUUCUGAGCUGUUGUUUAUUUUUUUCAAGUUGUUCAACGUUGAAUAAAGUCAGGGUUACAUUGAAACUUUCAUAUGUUAACUGAGGGAGAUUGGGGACAUGUUAACAUUAGAGACGCGUUUAGCCCAUCUCAUCUCUUAUGCAACACUUCUAUUUUCUCUAAAAUGAUAAAAAUAUUAGUGUUGUGAUAUGCCUGUUAACAGAAACCCUCCAGCACAGCAGCAGAUUAUUACAGCACCUGCCGAUCAUUUUUUAUCUUAGUUUUAUUUUUAAAAGGCAAGCAAAUAAAAGUGAAAAAAGCAUUGAGAAUCCUCUUUUCCUGAUCGAAACUAAAAAGCUGAAUUGCGGAUGCAGCAAAAAACAAAGAGUAAAGAUUUUCUGUUACUUGAUUACAGACUUAACUGUACUGGAAUUUAAUCCAAUUUUUUAGUAUCUUUGUAUAAAAUUCAACUUAAAUUCAAACAACAUAUAUAGCUUUUAUACAUCAUUUUUAAGGAUCUUAUAUUUGCAAAUUUUCUUAAUGUUUGUUAGAUUAAACUUAUUGUUUCACAAUAAUAAUCUCUGUUUGUGUUGAGAUUGCAGACAAAUUUGGACUUAUGAAGAUAGUGCUACAGACUCCCUCCGUAACUUUUGCUACUGGGGCGAUGUGUUAGAGUAAACUAUUUUUACUUAAUUGAAUUAAUAAAAGAAUAAUUUUGUGGCUUUUUAUCAAAUAGAAAAUUCCAUAAAUUGGAAAAUCAUUAUCAACGGUAGAUAUUCUGUAACAAUCUAUUUUAGCAGAAAUCUGCAUAAUAAAACAUAUUUCUUACUAAAAGUUAUUGAUAAUUCAAAAGAUUACAUCUUAAUACAAAAACACAAUAAAUUAUUUUUAGAACAUGACGAUUUCAUCUCUGAAAGAAAAUUUUUCAAAUGGGAUGUAAUUUACCUGUUUUUUUUCCGUUUGUUACCAAUGAUUGAAAAAUGAUGAUGAAUUUUUGAAAUGAAAAACAUUCUCACCCCCACCCUCAAUGAUUGGUUUAUAAACGUUUGACUAUAUAUCAGAAGUGGAAACCAAGUUUUAAAAUGGGUGAAAAAUUUCCCUUUUUUAAAGUAUUCUAUAUAAGAUUGUCAUUUUUGUGUAAUUUUUAUUUAUUCUUAACUUUAUUAUGAAAUUUAUGUUGAUAAUUCAAGUGUGCAAUGCUCUUAAAGGCUCUCUUGUUUAUUGAUAGCAUAUAUUAAUAAUGAUAAAUCAAAAUUAUAACCAUAAUUAAUAAAUAUUGAUAAAAUAUUAGUAAAGUGGGAAUAUAUGAUGUUUAAACACUAUAAAAUGUAAACAAGUUAAUUUGCAAAUUAUCUGUAGGUUUUGCUCACUUCCAAGGAUGAUCAGUUCUUCUCUGUAACCAACAGUUUCUAAAUAUACAUGAACUAAAAUUUAGAGGCACUAUUUUAGUGCCUUUUAUUUUAUUUAUUUUUUAUGGGUUCUGAUAUCAAGGAUUUCUCCUUUUUUUCUGGUUUUGUUGAUCAAGCACAGUUGUAUUGUGAAAAUAAUAUGUCUUUAAUUGUUUACACUUAAAUAAUAGUACACAAUAGCUGUCGAACUUGGAGAUAUAAAUUCUCCUAAAAGUUUUUUAUUUCCUUUGGAUGGGAAUUAAACAAAUACAACAAAGAAAGCUCUCUGACAGGCCACUAUUUUGCGGAUACAAGUCUGUAGUGUCUUGCAGUGAUGGAGGUAUUUUGGAUUUAUAGAUUCUUUAGUCACAUCCAGGAUGGUCAUAUAUACGUAAAUGAUGUUCUCUCAGACAGUCAUGGCCUUUUAGGAGUCAGAAAAGAGUCAUCUGGUAUUGCUUAUACUUUCACGUAGUCAAGAAAGGGUUCUCAAUUUCAUUGUGUGUUUUAUACAGAGCUAUUUGGUUGAUCCAGUCUGCUCAUUACGAUAUAUGCUUCAUUGGUUAGGUGAAUGAUUACACUAUUCUAAAAGUCUGAUGAGCUCUGAAGUAUUUCCUCCAAAAAAAGGUUUCUUCGUUUGAAAUGUAGCAUUAAGAGUAAAACAACUUUUUCUAACUUAUAGUGAAUAAACAUCAGUCGUAUCAAAGCAAUAUCUCCAUCAAAAGCUAUUAUCAUGUGUCCCUCAACAGAUGCAUAAAAUGAAAACAAAUCUAGAAAAACUUACUGUCAAUUGUGAUUCCAUUUUAGCAUAGUUAAUGUGCAAAUUACACCUCCCCUAGCCAACGAUGUGUCAGCCCAGGUACUAAAACACUUAAUUGCUGACCAGACACUUGAGGGUUCUAUUCCCGCCAACAGUCUCGUUCAAAAAAAUUAAUUUUUUUACUAAUUAAUUAACUAAUUAUUUUUUUACUAAUUUACAAAUUAAUAACUAAAUUGGUGGGCACUUAGUUAUUUUUAUGGAUGAACACACGAAAGCAGCGUUUCCCAAUUGUUUUAAUUAUGCAACCAUAAAUAAUAUCUAGCCUCUUUUAGCGAAACCCAGACAUAAUAAAUAUUGACCAAAAAUUGACUUUUAGUCUGUAAUAGUCUUAAAAAUUGGGUUUUAUGUCAGACAUAGGUCAGGAGCAGCUUUUUAUCUACUUCUAAAUUUGUUGUAUGUAUAAAUUGAAAAGGAAUAAAAUAAGCUGAACUAUGGUUUUUGUUAAAAUUUUAACAAAAUGUAAAGAACUAUUGCAAACAUUGAAAAUAUUUAUCAGUGAGAUGUUUCAAGACUGUUGAAUUAUUUAUUUUAUUUUGAAUUGAACAGUUAGAUUGGGAAUACAAAUGCAACUUUUUAGAAAUGCAUUAUCCUUUAAAUCAUUUUUCAAUACAUUAAAAAAAAUCUCUCUUUAAAAAAAAAAAAAAAUCUUUGCAUUUUGAUAAAAUUAACUGAAAUAUUAAAUGAAUGGAUUAUUGAUUAAAUAUAAUUACUCGUAUCAAUCUCAAUUGUACUACUCGUAUUCAUUUAAUUUAAAUAUAAUUACUUGAAUAUAAAUUUCAAAAACAAUUAAAAGUCUUAAACCUUGGAACCUGUAGGACACUUUCACAGAACCCUGGGGUUCCACAACCCUUGCCCUAAAGGUAUAAUAUAUACACCAGUCUCAUGCCUAAGAGCCUAUUAUUUGCAGAAUUUUUUUUUGUAAUGAUGCAAAAUAAAAUAAAUUUUCUUAUAGAAAAUAUAUAUUUAGUUUUUUACAUUUUAAUAGAGAUGUAAAACAAAAUGAUAAAUUAAAUAGUGAUUAAGCUGAAAACUAUUUGUUAUUAAAGUUAUCAUUUUGUAAGACUUCAAUUUCAGAUCAAUAGGUACCAAUUUGCUUGAAAAGUAAAGGUGGCAAUACCAACCACAUAGCUUUAGUACCCUUGGUCUUUAUGGUUCAUUUCUUUAAUAAAUAAUAAUCAUAUUUAAAUUUUCAAAGUUAACAAAAGACUUAACUAUAAAUCACAUUAUCUUUCAUACACAUAUUAUACUAUGAGCAAACUUUUAAUUUAAAAAAAAUGUACUUGAUUUUUCUGCUGAAGAAUUAAUUAUUGAUUAGAAUUAAUUAUUGAAGUUUAAGAAACUCUGCUCAAAACCAAUUAAUGUCUACAACACCUAAUCAUAUCCAUUAUAUGUUAUUUAUUAUACAAAAUUUUUUUUAUUGUAUUGAUGUACACUAUUUUCUUUAUUUUAAUGAAAGAGAUAUAAGUAUAACUACAAGUUGUAUACAUUUUGAUUUUACUUGUAAUUAAAUAUUACUCAUGUAAAUAGCAAUAAAUCUUUACUGUUAUA